CUGUCCAAGAAAGUUCCAGUAAAUCCUAAAUAUAAAGAUGUCAAGUCAACUAUCGAUACAGGAAAAAGUCAAACAAAAUAUUUAGAGAAAUUGGAAGAAAUCAAAAAACAUUACAAGUUCCGAAAAGAUGAAAUCUUCAAACGGAUGAAAGUUGCCACAUUUGUUCAACUGGUAAAUAUUGAGGUGGAGACAAUACAGAAUAGUACAGACGUCACUACAGACAGAACUGAUACACAUACAGAUACCCCUUCUACAGUCCCUUCAGCAUCUACUGUCCCUGAUUCUUCUAGAUCUAGACUAGAACAAGUUAUAAAAGGUGUAGGAGAAAUAGAUGUAGACCAUCCUAAACCAACAUCCAGACCUCUGCCAUUAGGAGAUAAAAAACCUUAUUUAUUACUGGAUGUUAGAGAACGAGACGCUUUUGAUGCCUGCCAUUUAAUAUCAGCUAAAAGUUAUCCAACGGCCAUGUUGGCUAGAUCUGUAAAUUAUGAAACUAAAGACAUGUUAAAUUAUAAAAAUCAAGAGGGUAAAAUAAUAGUACUGUAUGAUGAAGAUGAAACUCUAACGCCUAGAGCAGCUACUACCCUAGUACAGAGAGGAUAUGAUAAUCUAUUCAUGUUAUCAGGAGGCUUAAGAGUAGCGUAUAAAUAUUUCCCAGAAGGCUUCAUUACUGGAACGCCUCCUACAUCC